UAGGACUUGAACAGUUUUACUGUGACACUUGCAAGUCAUCUUUGAAUGCCAAAUAAAACUAAUCCAUUUUAAUCCUAACUCAAAUAUCAAGAAAAUAUCUUGUAUCAAAUAUAUAUGAGUAUUAAGUAAAUUAAAAUGAUGUCUACUUAUGUGUAAAGUGAAAAAUAUACUAAAACAGAGGUCUUCAACCCUGCUCCUGGGGACCCACUAUCCUGGAGAGCUUAGCUCCAACCCUAAUCAAACACACCUGACGCAGCUAAUCAAGCUCUUCAGGGUGGCUUGAAACUACACUUGCAGGUGUGCUGAAGCAGGUUGGAAAUAAACUUUCCAGGACAGUGGGACCCCGGGAGCAGGGUUGAAGACCUCUGUACUAAAAUAUUAUGGAUACACCUUACACUGUAAGCAUGUCGAAAUCAAUGGUAGUCAUGCAGCCACAGCCUGUUAUGGUCUCUAGACAUUCUGAUCAAUGGGGGUCAGGCACCUUUGACUGCUGCGAUGACAUGUCUGAAUGCUGCUUUGCUUUCUGGUGUUUACCGUGUUUCACGUGCAUAAAAGCCAAGAAUUACGGUGAGUGCUUAUGUCUCCCCCUGCUGGACUUCUUCGGGUGCGUCCCACCCAUAACCAUGUCCAUAAGAGUCUCAAUGCGCCAGCGUUAUGGGAUUAAGGGUGAUAUGUGUAAUGACUGCCUGUUGGCCACUUGCUGCAGAGCAUGCGUUUGGUGUCAGAUGUCACGAGAGAUGAAAGUACGAGAUCUACAAAUCACUCUUGUUGGUGCCAGGAAUUUAUAAUGUGUUUUGAAGUAGCUAUGCUGUGUGUAUAUACUACAAAUGAAGAAAUCUUGAAGGGGAAAUGAAGGAAAAUCUUGACACUUUCAUGUAUUUAUGACUAUAUCUCAUUUAUGAUGAUUUUCUGGAAAUCCUUGAUGUAAUUUGAAGAAAUUGAAGGAUAUUUAAGUUUUCUUUUUGUAAUGAAAACAGUAAACGUCUGUGCUGUCAUAUAUCUUUAUGACCGGUACUCUGCUUCUAAUCUGCCUAAUAUCAUGACAAGUGUGAUCAGCUAAAUUAGUGUGAGACACAUAUAUAAAGAAACUUUAUGGAAGAAAAUAUACUGUUGUUUAUUUGUGACAAUAGUAAAAAGUACUUAACAUUAUCAGUGUUUUUUUGUCUUAUAAACAUUAUUAAAACAAUUCAGAAAUGUCUGUAAUUCUGUAAUCAUAAUUUCAGAGAUUAAUACUUUCCAAAAAUGUCUUGAGGGUAGUGGGUGGGGGAGUGGGGGGUGGAGAGGCACCUGUUUUCUCUCCAGGAUCGAAUUUUACUUUGAGCAGAACACAAAGAAUAACAAUUUGCUUCUAGUUAUGGCAUGAUAAAUGUGUAUGAGAAAAGAAAAGUGUAUUGCUUCCCAACAUGUUUGCUUUUCCCAUUUGCCUUUAUUGUGCGACUGAAAAUCUUUGAUAUCUUUCACGUGUUGUUAAACAAUAAAUUAUUGAUCAUUU